CGACUGGGCGGGAUUUCCUAGCAAUUUUAGCUUUACGGCCUCUGCUGAAGGGCACUUGUCUCAAACAGUCUGCUAAGGGGUCGUGCGGUAAAGGACCAUUAACAAUCCAUCAUGGGAGGACACGACGCCGGAACCCAGCACCAGUUCACUGGGAUCGCCAAGUACUUCAACGCAUACACAAUCGUAGGAAGGAGGAAUUGCGUUCUGGCCACAUAUGCCACUAUAGCAGGCAUCUUCCUCUUCUUCAAAUUGAAGCCCAAGAAGGCCGCUGUCACAGCAAAGUGAUAAUAUGUCCAUUUUGACCAUCAUUUCUAACAGCUGGGAGUGGAGAAAGCAGCUGGACGUGCUUGUAAUAAAAUAUGACUGUUUGGUUUGCUUAUGUUAAUAAAGAACAUUUAUGCCCAAAACAUA